GACAGCCGUAGCCCCGCCCCCUUCCUCAGGCAGGCUGGUAACGGUCCCUUCAGCCCGCCCACCGCUUAGUGCGCUUGGCGCAUGCGCGGAGCCGCGGCAGUCCGGCCGCUCUCAGCCCCGAGGGGUGGCCAUGGCCGGGCAGCUAGAGUCGGUUCCCGCGGUGGUGAUCGAUCCGGACGGCACGUUCAAGUACAUCCUGGUGCGGGUGCAGCGCGCGGGGGGAGCCGAGCACCGGGACGUCGUCAGGGGCACCGCGGCCGCCGAGUUCCACAAUCAUAUAUUUGAAAAAGUAAACCCUGAAAUGGAAAAGUUGGGCUUUGAAUGCAAGUGCCUUGGAGGAGGAAAAAUUGACCAUAAUAGCAAAGACAAGAAAAUGCGGGUAUUUGGUCUCUCCACAGGAUAUGGUAAAGCAGAUCAUGCAGUGGCCGUAGAAAUACUGAAAAAAGUAUACCAAGACUAUGAAAUCACUUGGUCAGAUGACAAGAAAUGAAAAACUACUCUAGAAUCUGAGAUACAAAGCAGUUUGCACUGUAGCUGUUGAUAUAGUAUUGAAGUCUACAUUGUGUUCAAAUAAAUCACUGUUAGCUUUAUCUGAAUAAAAAGAUUUGUGUGUUCUCUA